AUGGGCGGAUCCUGGGCUUUUCCAGGCUGAUGAUUUGCUGGAGAGGAGUGGAGCUUUUCCCUCCAGUCGGUUCCUUCACUCAGGGCUCAGGUUCUCUCCUCCAGCCCUGCCUCACUCACACCUUCUGACUCUGGAGGAGCAGCGGAACCGCUCAGCUCCAGAAGAGAGAGGCGCAGCACUUUUCUGGGGGGUUUGUGCCGGAUGGCAGUGUGAGAGUGAGCAGAGAGUGUGAGUGUGGGUGGGCGUGUGGGUGUGUGUGUGUUCGGAGUUCGGAGCGUGUUCGGAGCGUGUUUGGAGAGCCAGGCCAGAUCAUGGAUCAGCAGAGAUGGAGAUGCAAGUGGAGGUGGAAGAACCUGUGGAGCUUCACCGCACCGACCUUCAUCACCACACUCAUCCUCCUACAGCAGCAGGCCUCAGGAGCAUGGGCAGCUGACCCAGUGGAUGUCCUGAAGGUCCUAGACUUCCCGAGUUCCCCAGAAGGAGUAAAGAAAACACAGGGUUUCUGUGCCAUCAGGAGAGGAUCCAAACCAGAUGUGGCCUACAGGGUUGGGAAAAAGGCUCAGCUCAGCACACCCACCAAGCAGCUCUUCUCAGGUGGAGUCUUCCCUGAGGACUUUUCCAUCCUCAUGACCAUCAAGCCUAAGGCCGGAUUGCAGUCCUUCCUGCUGUCCGUGUAUAACGAGCAGGGAAUCCAGCAGCUCGGCGUGGAAGUCGGCCGCACUCCGGUGUUCCUGUAUGAAGACCAGCAUGGAAAACCAGCCCCAGAGGACUACCCGUUAUUCCGUACCAUCAAUCUAGCUGACGGCAAGUGGCAUCGCGUGGCGAUCAGCGUGGAGAAGAAGUCCGUCACGAUGAUUGUCGACUGUAAGAAGAAGGUCACCAAGCCAUUGAACAGAAGUGACAAGGCGGUCAUCAACACCGAUGGCAUCACGGUCUUCGGCACCAGGAUCCUGGAUGAGGAAGUCUUUGAGGGCGAUAUCCAGCAGCUGAUGUUGGUGGCGGACCCCCGGGCUGCGUACGAUUACUGCGAACACUACAGCCCAGACUGCGAAACACCACACCAGGAAACACCGCAGGCCCAGGAGCCCGAGGAAGAGUACACCACUGACUACACUGAAUACGGAGAGAUGUACGAGUACACAGACGGAGAGCUCACGCCCACCGAGGGCCCGGGUGGAGAGACCAAGAUGGAAACCAAGCCUGACACCUUUGACGCUGAAUAUUACACUGACGUGGACUACGGCACCGUUGAUGGAUCCAAACCUGAGAACCCAACAACAUCUGUCACAAGCGAGAACCCGGUGUAUGAAGAGGAGAUUGUGGACGAUUACAUCACCGGAGUGGACCAGGUUGGAGCUGAUCCCACUGCGGCCACAGAGGAAAGAGUGGAACAUAACAUGGAAACCGUGGAAACCGUGGAAACUGUGGAGGCCAAAGCCACUCAGGGCCCGGAGGUCACGGAUUUUAAGGAGUACGAUUUGAACGAGUACGAAGCGAAGGAGCUGGACCCGAAUCAUUACGAUGAUGGAUUUUACGAUUACACCACCAACGGAGGCAAACCCACCGUCUCUGCGUAUGAGGAUGAAAUCGGUCCUGCCGUCCCAGCGGAGACAGAUUUUUCAGAGAGCAGCGUGGGUGGUGGUUACGGAGGUGAGAAAGGGCAGAAAGGGGAACCUGCAGUCAUCGAGCCGGGGAUGCUUAUAGAAGGAGCCCAAGGACCUCCCGGUGCUCCUGGUAUUCCGGGGGCUCCAGGUAUCCAGGGUUCUCCAGGACUUCGUGGAGAUCCCGGUGAUAAAGGUCCUGCUGGGCGUCCGGGUCUGCCAGGUGCUGAUGGAGCUCCAGGUCCUUCUGGCACUGUCAUCAUGCUGCCGUUCCGGGCCGGCGGAGAGGCGUCUAAAGGCCCUGUGGUGACGGCGCAGGAGGCCCAGGCCCAGGCCAUCCUCGCCCAGGCCAGGCUGUCCAUGAGAGGCCCCCCUGGGCCAAUGGGUUUGACAGGAAGAUCCGGUCCAGUGGGUGGUCCUGGAGCACCUGGUCUUAAAGGAGAAGCUGGUGAUUCUGGCCCUCCGGGUCCAAGAGGCCUUCAGGGUCCCACUGGGUCACCUGGCAAAGCAGGAAAGAGGGGCCGCUACGGAGCGGACGGAGCCAGAGGAAUGCCUGGUGAGCCGGGAGCCAAGGGUGACCGAGGAUUCGACGGCCUUCCCGGUCUACCUGGUGAGAAAGGACACAGGGGAGAGCUGGGCCCCAUUGGGCCUCCAGGACCUCCAGGAGACGAUGGGCCCAGAGGCGAGGAUGGAGAGAUCGGGCAGAGGGGAAUGCCGGGAGAGAGUGGUCCCAGAGGGCUGCCUGGCCCCCGAGGCUCCCAGGGUACCCCUGGUCAGCGGGGUCUCUCUGGACUGGACGGUCCAGCUGGUCCUAAAGGAAACAUGGGUCCUUCAGGAGAACCAGGACCUCCUGGACAGCAGGGUAUCCCCGGCCCACAGGGUUUGCCUGGACCUCAAGGACCAAUUGGCCCUCCUGGAGAAAAAGGUCCUUCAGGGAAACAGGGUCUGCAUGGCUUAGCUGGAGCGGACGGUCCUCCUGGUCAUCCUGGUAAAGAAGGCCCUCCUGGAGAGAAAGGAGCAGCCGGUCAUUCUGGACCUCAGGGCCCCAUCGGCUAUCCCGGCCCACGCGGAGUGAAAGGUGCUGAGGGCGUCCGCGGGUUGAAGGGAGGCAAAGGAGAAAAGGGCGAGGACGGUUUCCCAGGGUUCAAGGGUGACAUGGGCCCCAAGGGUGACAAGGGAGAGUCUGGUGUGCUUGGGUCCAGAGGUGAAGACGGACCCGAGGGGCCGAAGGGAAAAGCCGGACCCACCGGAGAGGCUGGACCCGUGGGUCUGGCUGGAGAAAAGGGAAAGCUGGGCGUUCCUGGAUUACCCGGAUAUCCAGGACGACAGGGUCCUAAGGGUUCUACAGGUUUCCCUGGCUUUCCUGGAGCAAACGGAGAGAAAGGAGGGAGGGGAACCGCUGGCAAAGCAGGACCGAGAGGACAGCGUGGUCCAACGGGUCCACGUGGCGGGAGAGGAGCGAGAGGACCAACAGGAAAGCCGGGGCCGAAGGGUACCUCAGGGAAUGACGGGCCUCCAGGUGGUCCUGGAGAAAGAGGGCCUCAAGGACCACAGGGACCUGUUGGGCUCCCAGGACCAAAGGGUCCAAAUGGACCUCCAGGAAAGGAUGGGUUGCCAGGUCAUCCCGGACAGCGGGGAGAAACCGGUUUCCAAGGAAAGACGGGACCGCCAGGCCCUGGAGGAGUUGUCGGCCCACAGGGACCUACUGGAGAGACCGGCCCAGUGGGUGAGAGAGGCCAUCCUGGAUCCCCAGGACCCCCUGGAGAGCAGGGUCUUCCCGGAGCUGCUGGCAAAGAAGGUGGAAAGGGUGAUCCAGGUCCUCAAGGUGGUCCUGGUAAAGUCGGCCCUGCUGGGCUGAAAGGAUUCCCGGGGCAGAGGGGCCUGCCUGGCGCUAUGGGUCCAGGUGGGCUGAAGGGUGGCGAGGGUCCGCAGGGUCCCCCAGGUCCCAACGGGUCCCCAGGUGAAAGAGGGCCUGCUGGACCAGGUGGGCCAAUAGGAUUAACCGGGCGCAACGGACCUCAGGGACCCCCAGGACCUGCUGGAGAGAAAGGUGGACCGGGUGAGAAAGGUCCUCCCGGGCCCGCCGGCCGUGAUGGAAUCCAGGGUCCGGUUGGCCUUCCAGGACCUGCGGGACCUCAAGGACCUCCUGGAGAGGACGGUGAUAAGGGAGAAGUUGGAGAACCGGGUCAGAAAGGAAGCAAAGGAGACAAAGGAGAACAUGGUCCUCCUGGUCCAGGUGGUCUUCAGGGUCCAGUUGGAGCUCCAGGACCUGCUGGCAGUGAUGGAGAGUCAGGCCCCCGGGGUCAGCAGGGCAUGUUCGGGCAGAAAGGAGACGAAGGACCACGAGGCUUCCCUGGACUUCCCGGACCAAUCGGGCUGCAGGGAUUGCCAGGACCUCCGGGUGAGAAGGGCGAGACGGGUGAUGUCGGUGCGAUGGGUCCGCCAGGUCCUCCUGGUCCGAGAGGCCCUCAGGGGCCCAGCGGAGCUGAUGGAGCUCCAGGCCCUCCCGGCGGUAUCGGAGCGAUGGGAGGAAACGGAGAAAAGGGUGAGACGGGCGAAGCUGGCAACCCGGGACCUCCUGGAGAGCCUGGUCUAGGGGGUCCUAAAGGUGAAAUUGGAGAGAAGGGAGAGACGGGACCACCCGGAGCUGCCGGACCUGCCGGAGCCCGAGGACCACCCGGAGACGACGGUCCAAAAGGAAACCCAGGACCCAUUGGCUUCCCUGGAGAUCCGGGUCCACCCGGAGAGCCUGGUGUUGCUGGACUCGACGGCCUUGCUGGGGAUAAAGGAGAUGACGGAGAAUCUGGUCAGCCGGGUCCUCCUGGUCCAUCUGGUGAAGCCGGCCCACCGGGACCCCCUGGGAAGAGAGGUCCCAUUGGUCCAGCUGGAACUGAAGGAAAGCAGGGAGAGAAAGGCGCGAAGGGUGACCCAGGUGCUGAAGGACCGGUGGGUAAGACUGGACCUGUCGGCCCCCAGGGACCCCCUGGAAAGGCCGGAGCUGAGGGUCUAAGAGGAAUCCCUGGCCCUGUGGGUGAACAAGGACUUCCUGGAGCUGCAGGACAGGAUGGACCCCCUGGCCCACUGGGUCCUCCCGGUCUGCCCGGCCUGAAAGGUGACCCCGGCAACAAGGGAGAAAAGGGUCAUCCUGGGCUGAUUGGUCUGAUUGGGCCUCCAGGUGAACCAGGAGAGAAGGGAGACAGAGGCUUACCUGGACCUCAGGGAACAGCGGGAGGCAAAGGUGACACUGGUCUCGGAGGUCCUCCUGGUCCUCUUGGUCCUCCAGGUCCUCCUGGUAUUCCUGGAACACAAGGACAAAAAGGAUCUAAAGGAUCUUCUGGUCCAGCAGGUCAGAAGGGAGAGCCUGGAUUGAUAGGACCCCCCGGACCACCUGGUCCUGCUGGUGACAUCAUCCAGCCACUGCCCAUCCAGAUGUCCAAGAAGUCGAGGAGGUCACCAGACAUGCAGGACGAUGAAGCGGCCGGAAUGAUGGACUACGGCAUGGAGGGCAUGGAGGGAAUAGAGGACGUAUUCGGUUCCCUCAACAACCUCAAACUGGACAUCGAGCGUAUGAAGUUCCCUCUGGGCACGCAGGACAAUCCGGCCAGAACCUGCAAGGACCUCCAGCUCAGCCAGCCGGACUUCCCUGAUGGGGAAUACUGGAUCGAUCCCAACAUGGGAUGCAUAGGCGACUCCUUUAAAGUGUACUGUAACUUCACUGCAGGAGGUGAAACCUGCAUCUACCCUGAUAAAAAGUCCUCUGGAGUUAGAAUAUCUAACUGGCCGAAGGAGACGCCAGGCUCCUGGUUCAGUGAAUUCAAGCGUGGGAAAAUACUUUCCUACGUGGACGUGGAGGAGAGCUCGAUCACCUCGGUCCAGAUGACGUUCCUCAAGCUGCUGAGUUCUUCAGCCCGGCAGAACUUCACCUACAUCUGCCACCAGUCCGUGGCCUGGCACGACGCCAAAUCCGACAGCUACGACAAAGCGCUGCGCUUCCUCGGCUCCAACGACGAGGAGAUGUCGUAUGACAACAAUCCGUUCAUCAAGGCCGUCUCAGACGGCUGCUCGCUGAAGCAGGGCUACGCGAAGACCGUGCUGGAGAUAAACACGCCCCGUAUCGAUCAGGUGCCCAUCAUUGACGUCAUGUUGAAUGACUUUGGAGAUGCUAACCAGCGGUUUGGUUUUGAGGUAGGCCCGGUCUGCUUCCUCGGCUGAAGGGCUUCCUCAGGUCAGGACGGGUCGAGCAGUGUGGACAGCUAACAUCGCCACACAAGCACAUACAUACACACACAUACACACACGCACACACCUACACACUCUUUUGUUGGCUAACACCAGCGCGGCACAGUCACCACGGGAAUGUUCACCGUCCUCGUGUGGCCGCAACGAAAACGACUGAGACCUGCAUCCGGAGAACCAACGUGAGGAAAGACGUGAACUGACUGGAGAACAGUGGUGCACUUUCAAAAAAAACAGAGGAUCACUUCCUUUCUCCAUCCAUCCAUCCCUCCAUCCAUCCCUAACCAAGCCGAAUCCGUCCAUCUGACCCCAGCCAAGCCCAAUUUUACAGUUAUGCAAAAUCCCAGUGCCAGUCUUAAUCCCAGCAUCAGUCUAAAUCCUAAUCCCAGUUUUACAGCUGAUCUUAAACCCUAAAUCUCUAAAGGUCUGUACCAACACAAUUUCAUAGCAGAGAAUGAAUAAUUUAUAACAAUAAGUCUAAUCAUAAGAAUAAUUCGCCUACUGGCAGGUUAUUAUUUACAUUGUUCUUAUCGGUGCUUCUUCACAUUCAUCCAUUUAUCUCCAACAUUUUAGACUUUUCCUUUAAGAUUAAUAACCAAGUAAGUCAUUUUGGGCAUUUUCUCUCCCAAUCCUAAUCCCAAUCCCACUGUCCUUGGAUGUUCCUCCAGGUGCUUCCUAGAAAACACCCCCCAGCAGCGGCUCUCGUCCUAAAUACCCGAAAACUUGAGGUGCUAUGGAAAGUGCAUUGUUUAAAUAUAACUGUAAUUAUUAUUUUGUACAUUGCUGUUCUUUCUGAUUCAGCCUUCAAACCUUGCAUGUGUAUCAGAAAUGCAUCUGACUCUUUCAUCUGAUGAAAUGUUGGUACCUAUACAGAGAGAGUUUUUCUCCAGAUAUGGUUCGUUUUUUUAAUGUUUGUUUUUUAUUUUUACCCUGAUGUCAUCACUCCAAUAAAAUCAGCAUUCAAAAGCAUUCCAUAUUUGUAAUGAUAGAGCAUCCCUCUUGUAGAUAUUGUCCACUUUAAGCAAAGACGGGUGUCCAAAUUUUCAAUUGGCCGGCUGUUAAAUUUCAGCAGAUUGUGAAGGAGCAGCUCGAAAGUUUGAGGCAUGAGAUGUUUGUGGACUUUGAUUUGACCCACUGAUGUUCUGUGUUCUGACGUGGUGGCGUUGAGGCUGUGCUGAUCUGAGCACUUCUCCCGUGCAGUCCUGACUCAGAGGAGAGCUCCACCCAUCUUCUCCGUGGUUUGGUGUUGAAUGGUUCUCAGAGUUCUUCACAGCGGUGGUGACGUGUUUGGAUGUAAUAUUAAUGGUGGUGAAAUUGUGGUAAAUCUGGUUUAAUACGUUUCUGUGAGGGAGCUUUUAAAGGCGUUAACUGUCCUAAUAUCUUUGACCCCGUUCAGCAUUUAGUGUCUUUAAAUAAAUUAUUCUUUUAAUGACUAUUUCUAAAUCAGGGCCGUCAAUCUCAAACACUAACUGGCUAUUGUUUGUUCAAAAUACGCCGAAACUACAACGGCAAAAAACAGACGCUGAAUACUUGAACAAUUAAAAAGCAAUUUUAAAUAAAAAUUCAUUAUUUUAUAUAAAAUAACUAAAAUCACUACAUUAGUGGCAUUUCACUGUCAUUUAAAAAUUCAUUUAAUUUAAAAAUUAAAAGUCCCCAGAGUGCAGAGCUUUAUUAAAACUCGAACUGGACGCCUGCCCUGGCAUCUCUGUUCUGUUCUGUUUGUUUUUGUGGGGCAGACCCAUAGAUCAUUGCUGGGGAGGGGGUGGGAGCACACAUUUCGUUGCAGUGCAUGCUGGGAACUGUAGUGCAGUCAUAGAAUAGUCAUAGAAAAUGAAAGUAAUUUUGCUGGCCGGAUACGACUUUUGUGUUUGACACAUGGGUCCUAAAUUAAUGAGCACAACUGGGCAUCAAAUUAACCUGUUUUCAAUGUCCUGUACUUAUUAUUAGCACAUCUUCAGGGUUCUUUGGGGUCACGUUGACCCCAGACUGUUUUAACUGUACAAAACACAAGACGUUUUAAUAUUUCAGACACAUUUGGCUGUUCUGGAUGACAUUGAUGCCACUGUUACAGCCGAUUAUAUAAUCUCCCCUCUACUUUAGGGGCCUGACCUAAUAGAACCGCAUCCGUAGCAGCGCUAGAACCACUGAUGGGUCACACCACGCCAGAUCUCUGAUUUUUAGACGUUGAGAUUUAAUUGCUCAGGGCAAGAAUAAAAGAUGUUAGUAAAUCUGAGAGCUAUUCCACAUCGGACCACUCUGACCGACUUUGUUUACACCUUGACGGUUAAAUUCCGUAGAAAUUUGGAAAGAUCAGUGGAGCCGUCCUUUUCUCAGACUGACUCUAGAGGUAUAUUCCUCUUUAAGGAAGUGCGAGGAACCCUGUCCUCACUGAAAAACAUGACGAAUUAACGUGAUUGAAAUGUGUGCAUCAUUUCUGCGUGAAAAAACACAGUUUGUUUACUUUUAGUGUAUUUUAUUCACGUGAAAAUGACGGGAAUCGAGUAAAUCCAGCUCAUUGCUUGAGUUUAUGUCUAUAUAUGUGGGGAGGGAGGUGAUAAACACCUGUUCUGCUCUGUUGUGAAUGGCAACACUGCCCAGCUCUCAGAUGCUCUGUGAUCAGAAUGGGGACGUGAUUUUCGUCAGUUCAUCAAUAUUAAAACUGGAUUUUGCCCAGCUCUGUAUUAGAUGUGUUAAUUGUGGACUGUGUGUAUGAAUCGGUCAGCCAUGCAUUUUUGUUCUGUGUGCUGUUUUUACUACAAGGCUUUGCUGCAUUCCUCGUAUUUAAGCUUCUGUGGUACGAUGUGUUCAGAUGGUGUGGUUUUAUCUUGCAAGGCUCCGGCCGUUUUGUUUGAUUUCUUCAUAUUUCUUUUGUUUCCUCUCUCUGGAUCUGUGUGUGUCCCUCAGUCCCCCUCCAGAUACAUGACAGUAGACUUCUAAAUUUAUACGCUCGUGUAAUUUUGCCUAUAAUUUAUGUAAAACCUGGAAUAAAUGAUUGGUACAAAUAGGUA